UUGAUAAAAACUAGUCCAUAUUAUAUGAAACUUGGGACUUGCUCUAUUCUUUUUUAAUUAUUUUGGGUCAGGAAAUAAUCGAAAAAUAGCAAAAGGAAGAGUCAGUGUUUAUCAUCUUGCUGGAUACCUGUCAGGCCUCUCUUGGUUUUCAAAGUUGGCAUGAAGCCCGAUAGUCUCGUAAUAUCCUUUGAAUUCACUUUAUUACUUUCUUAUAAGUAAAAUAAACUUCUCCUUGCUAUUUUCAUCCGUCUCGCAGUAACUCAGGACCUUCAUAUUUAGAGUAAUACAUCCGAAUAUGUUAGCUUAAUGAAAUUUCAUAUUAUUCAAAAGAAAAUCUAAUUUUAGUCAACAAGGCUAUAAGCCUUGUUUUUACAGCAUUAAGAGAUUCUUUGGAGUUAUAAGACUAACAAGCAUGGUCUUUAUGGGAGUUAGACCAUGUCUGAGGAUUUCUUUGUCCCCUAGUCUAAAUCCAGCCGUGAUGGUAAAACUCGUAAAAAACCGACAAAUUCUUUUAUGAAAUCUCUAAAACUGGAAGAAGGCUUUAUUCAUUCUAGCAGACGUCUUGUCCAUAUUUAACAUUUUUCUUGGGAUAUUUACCCAGCCUAGUUUAAGGGAUUAUUAAGAUCCGGAAAUUUUUACCUUGUUCUUCAGCUUAUUUUCGAAAUACCAACGCAUUUCGAAUCACUAGAAAUUUUUUAAGGAGAUAAGCCAACUGAAGUAAUUUAGACGCUAAAAUUCCUUCGUAACAGGAAUGUGCAUGCCUGUAAGACACCUCAGGCCACCCCUUUAUGUUCCAAACAGGGCUUUUGAAUCCCUACUGUAUCACCAGAAUGUGAUCUGAGUUACCUUCUUGAACAAUUUUAGCACAGAUUUUUAUAAAUGGUGACUAUCAAACUGUGUCUAACCGUUACAUACACUUGCUGUAAUAUAAUUCAGAAUUAUUACUCAGUUUAGAAAUAAUUUAAAAUUCUUGACAAAAGCUACAGUUGAGAAAGCCAAUUUUAGAAUUAGUCGACACUCGAUUUGAAUAAAAUUAUUAAUGCAGAAAGUUAUGAAACCUCCAAUAAGGAGAGUCACUUGAAGACUGUAGAUAAGCUAAUCAUUAUCAUCCACUUAUAAGGAAGAGAAAUUUGCCUUCGAACUUCGAUGGGGUCAGUUAAUCUCUGUUAGGUUUUAUAAAUCAUGAAGCGAAAUAUUCUAUGAUCACCAAGAUUACCUUAGAUACUAAAGUUCACUUAGUUAAGCUUUCUUGGCUCUAUCUUUCCUUGAAGCAUUCUCCCCUUGUUCCAUAAUCUUUUGCCCUAAUCUGGCAGGUUCUUCACCCAAACUUCGGUCUGAUUCAUGCUCAAAAGGGGGCAAAAUCCUUAUUUUCAGACAAAAAUUGAUGUUAAGAAUCAUUUCAGAGACUGAGGGAAACUUUCUCUUCGAAACAAAGCAAGAGUUUUCAGCCAAGGGAAUUCUCAGCUCAUUCAGAGUUGAGUCCAUCAAUUUGGGUGCCAAAUUUCACCUGAAAAUAAGCGGUCAUUAUAAAGUAGGGUUGUCCCAACUCGUACGAAUUAACCCAAAUAUCUUUAUUUUUGGUAUAAUAUUUAUGAAUAUCAAAAGACAAUCGAGUGAUUCAGACUGGAAAUCUGAAGUCUACAGCCAACCUGAGAAUGAGAAGAAACCUGGGAGAUUGAAACGUCCUAAUUUCUCCUCUGAAAUCGUGAAGUUGCUCACUAAGUGGGUCAGAGACCAUCCUGAGUAUCCGUAUCCAAACACCAAAGAGUUUGAAAUUCUUCGUGACAGGACAGGGCUGAGCGAGAAGCAACUCAGAGUUUGGUUCACUAAUACACGGAAGAGGAAACUCAAAAUAACUCGUGAAAACUUCAGGAUGAAGCAGAACACCUUCAUCAGAAAUCAAGUUGAGGUUCAAGAACCUGUUAUGUUGAAAUAAAGCUCCUGUGCCUACCUUUGAUCAAGAAGUACAGACAGAUAUAAUUGUUAAAGAAAAUUUAGGGAGUCAUCAACAAGGUGAAUCUCAGCAAAUGUUCCUAAGCAAUGAGAGUCUGCAGUCAUCACAAGCAUUCAUUAAGAAUGUCAUCUUCGUUGCUGAGGUGGUUGACCUCAACGAAAUGUGAUUAUGAGACGACACCUUAACUCAAUAUCUAACUAAGCUCGGUUACUGACACUGCUCAAGCUUAUUGGCCGGCUUAAACUUUGAGCAUCAAAUUAGCUAGUCUUACAUGGAUCAGCUUCUAUCAUAAUUGAUUUCUAAGAACUUA